AGGAGGCACGAGGGCAAACUGACAACAAACUCACCCUCCCUGUCAAAAUAAGGACGUCACGUGGCCUAGAGGAGGCUGUGAGAUACAUGAUGCUUGACUAACAAGCAGAAGGUUGCCGGUUCGAAUCCCCUGGGCUUCUGGACCAGGCCCGCUGAGUCAGCUACCUUCUUUCCUGCUUCAGCCACACACUUACAUUGGCUGAAGACACCCAGAACCCAUUAUUCAAGUAAAGAGAGCUGUAGGGAGAUCCUUGGUACCCUGUCAAAGGAAUAACUUGAAACCCAGGAAAUGGACAAAGAAGAAAGGAAAUGGCUGAUCCAGAAGAGGAGCAAAAGGCCCUUGCUGAAGAGCAAGUUACUGAGGACAUGUCUGUUACGAAGCAAACAGAAGAAAGUAUAGCAUCUGUAGAAACCACUGAAGAGCAGACAGAUGCUGUGCAAUCAUAUGAAACAACUUUGCCUACAGAACAGGAACAAGACCAGGAAUUAGCAGCACUUGAAUCGGCGGCUGCUGUAGAGCCGCCACAAGAGCUGGCUGCUGCUGAGGAACCAGCUGCUGCCGAGGGGCCAGCGCAGUGGGCCGGCGCGGCCGAGGGGCCAGCGCAGUGGGCCGGCGCGGCCGAGGGGCCAGCGCAGUGGGCCGGCGCGGCCGAGGGGCCAGCGCAGUGGGCCGGCACGGCCGAGGGGCCAGCGCAGUGGGCCGGCGCGGCCGAGGGGCCAGCGCAGUGGGCCGGCGCUGUAGAACAACAAGAGACACCCCUGAUAGAGUCCCAGGAUGAAGUCUUAAAGGUUCAGAAACCAAUUGCAGAUGUCCAGGAUGUUGGUGCUGAAUCUGAACAAGAUGUAUUUGACAGUUCUCUCUCCAGUGGAGCAACUACAGAGGCUGCUAAAGAUAUUUCUGAAAAACUUGCCGAUUUAACAGCAGAAACAUAUGCUGUGAGUGACAUGUUAGUGGGAGCUUUGGCAUCUCAGAGAGCAGCACUUCCAGAAGAUACAAAAAAUGCUACCGCAACAGUUAAAGUCAUGCUACAUCCUGAUAUCCAAAUUUUCACUAUGGCUUUUCACAUGAACCGAACUAUGGAGCAAAUGAAACAGUACUUUGCGACACGAUUAAACAUACCACCAAAUGUUUUGCAACUUAUGCUGCUAGGGAGAAUAAUUGAAGAUUGUGAAACUCUAUGGAAUCUUGGUGUUGCACCUCAUGGAUCCAUACAAAUUGAUAUGUUCUCCCUGGAUGAAAAACAGUUUCCUAUUAUUUCAUCUAAACUCCUGCAUAAGUUCUACAUGCCUGAUGUUAUAAAUGUUAGAGUGGAAACAGAACCAGACACCUUUCAGGAUCUAUCCAUAGAGAUUAAAAGGCCAACUUUCAAGAAACCAUUUCUGGGUGGAUUUAGAAAUAAGGAAACUGGCACAGAAUAUCAUAAUGCGGGAUCACAGACAAUACCCAAAAAACGUCCCGACAAAGGAUAUGAAGAAUUCUGUAGGUCGACUCAGACAGUUGUUGAGAGGAAAAAGGUGCCUCAGACCAGAAAUACAACUUCCACACAGAUGACUAAAAUUGGUGUCUACAUAUCAAACAUCACCGACAAAUUUAUAGAGCCAAAAAAGUAUGUGACAGCUGAAGAAUACCAUGCACGGCGACUUGCCGCAGUAAUUGUAAUACAAACUUAUUAUCGACGAUGGCAUGCUAUAAAUAUAGUAAAACAAUUAAAAGAAGAGCUAAGAUUUAGAUUGGAAUGGGAGGAAGAAGAAGAGCUAAGAAAACAGAGAGUGAGGGAAGAGAGACUGCUAAGGGAGUAUCAUCGAAGGCUGAAUCCCAAAACAAAGGAUGACUUUGAAUUACUCUAUCAUGCUUUAGAAAUAUGGAGGCAAGAGGAGAUUGAAUGCAUCGACAACACUUACGUUGGCGCUGAGCGGAAGGCAGCUCUCUGUGCAGUUUUAGAAAAAGAGGCCCACCUGAUUGCUUCCAUUGGACGACACAAACUAAAUGCAGACGAGGAGAACCAGCAAAAAGCAAUCCUGUCCUUUUUGGAAAAGUGUGCAGAACCAAAGAGAUGGAAAGCAUUUGAUGGCAAAAUCACCGAAAUGGAUACACAGUUCACUCUGCGUGCCAGGGAGUUGCUUGAAAUCUACCGCAGCAUUAGUAUGAAAGACCUUCCCCAAGAUGAGCGACUGGAUGUGCUACUGACACUAAAGCAUACAGUGAAGGAACAUGAGUGCAAACUCACACAUGAAAUCAUGGAACUGAUUGACAGAGAGGCAGACCUCAUGAUGAGGGGAGUGAAGGAAUGUAAUCUAGAAGGACUGCGACAAAGAAUAUGUACAUUAUUUCUUCAAUAUAUUAAAACACCACUCUUUAACCCAGAGGUUGCUAGACUACUCAAGGUUCCACCUGACCCAAUAAGGCUUUAUCACAACAUCCAUUUUUGCCUUGGUUGCAAAAGGUACCUGCCCUCUACUGAUUUUGCUAUAUCUGCUACAUCACACACUGUUGGCAGGUGUCGUCUGUGCUGCAAGCUGGAUAAUCAGGCUCGGAAGAGAGAAGCCUUUUUGAAAUACAAAAGGAUGCUCCGAAAUCUUAGAGAUGCUGAAGUGAAUUAUAUGGAUGGCGCUAAGAUUGCUUUUGUAUUACAGCUGCAGGAUCUGCAGUAUAUGGUUGAAAAUUUCUGGGGUUCUCAGUCUGCUCUUAGUGCCUGGGAUGAUCUUUAUGAUCUGGUCAUGGUCAGAUGGGAUAGGUAUCACGAAUGGUCUCCCUGGAACACUGUUCUCUUCACAAAGGAAGAAGCUGAGGCUCAUCUCAGGCUGAAAAAUCUUGAAAAGGCUUAUGAGAUGGCAUUCAUUCAUAGAAUAAAGCACAAACAUAUGCUUGCAAGGAACUAUUUCUCCCAGUUUCCAGAAUUGGCAGCAACUAUGCACAAAGAUGACAACCGGACUUCCACAAAUGGUCUUUUAAUAACCAAGGCUUUAACACCUGGUCCACCACUUAAAUAAGGAUAAAACUGUUCAUGAAUUUAUUGCUUGAAGAACCAGUCAGCUCGCAAGAUAAGAAAAGUCAUUCUCUUCAUAUUUUUUGGUCUUUUUUUGGUUGUACUUUGGCAGUUGUCUGAAGCAAACUUUCAACAAACUGAUUUCAGACUGGU